GAAAAAAAAAAAAGAUAGCCCAAAAGAUACCUUAAGAUGUUCUGUAUUUCAAAUGACUAGAUAGAACUGACAUUUAACUUAUCGGAUAAGAUAAUCAAAUUCCAAGAUAAUUUUGAAAAUUCCUAGUUGUUUCCAACAAGGAUUAUAGACUGAAGCUUUCAAUUGCAAUCUCGGGUUGCUAAUUUUGGAUAAUGCAAUCUGAUGUGAAUGAAAUGGCAGCCUCUGAUGAUGAAUUUCCACCCUCAUAUGAUGAUGAUAAUUGUAGCUAUGGUGAGUCUACAAGGGCUGAACCUAAGCCUCCAGACCAAGAAAAAGAGUUUUUGAAUCAGUUUAAUUUUAAUGCUCUAGAUUUGUUUGAUGGGGGUUAUGAAUCAAAUGACGAGUCUCAUGGUAUCACACCAUCUUUGGCUAAAAAGACUCCAGAGAUGGUGAGCCUGAAGAAUAUGCUUACUGGUGGUGCCUUGGCCCUUUUGACUGGAAGAACUAAAACUGCUAAUCAGCUGUCCACUGAUUCCAAUGUGUCCUCUUUUGGCUCUGGAAAGAAUGGAGAUACUGUCAUGGACUCAUCAGUUUACACACCGAGUGCGCCGCCUUUCGAGCUGGUUGGGAUUGAUUAUGGUGCCUACAAAGAGGUGCUGGAGGCUGAGCCUCCUGAGUGGCUGCCUGAUAGUUCUUCUACUGCUUGUAUGGGGUGUGCUGCUCCGUUUACUGUGCUUACCCGCGGCAGGCAUCACUGCCGGUUCUGCGGUGGUGUUUUCUGCCGCGGGUGUACGCAAGGGCGAUGUUUGUUGCCGGUUAAGUUCAGGGAAAGGAAUCCACAGAGGGUGUGUGAUGCCUGCUAUGAUAGGCUUGACCCUUUGCAAGGUGUUCUUAUCAAUACAGUUAGCAAUGCUGUGCAGCUGGCAAAGCAUGAUGUGAUGGACUGGACUUGUGCUAGAGGGUGGCUUAACCUUCCUAUUGGCUUGUCUAUGGAGCAUGAGAUAUAUAAAUCAUCUAACACUUUAAGAAGCUACUGCCAGGUGGCCAUAUCAAAUCCUGAGAAGUCCAUCCCUUUAUCCAUUCUCACCGGAGCCAAAGGGCUAGCAAUUUUGACAGUUGCCAAAGCUGGUGCACUGCUCUCUUACAAACUAGGUACUGGUUUGGUUGUUGCUCGAAGAUCAGAUGGAUUGUGGUCAGCGCCAUCAGCCAUAUUCUCCCUCGGUUUAGGAUGGGGUGCACAGAUUGGUGGUGAACUUAUGGAUUUUAUAAUUGUGCUUCGUGAUACGAAAGCUGUCAAGACAUUUUGUAGCCGCAUGCAUUUGUCUCUUGGUGCUGGUUGUAGUGCUGCAGCAGGGCCUCUCGGAAGAGUGCUCGAGGCAGAUAUCCGAGCCGGAGAUAGAGGUUCUAGCAUGUGUUAUACUUAUAGUUGCAGCAAAGGUGCAUUUGUGGGAGUAUCAUUGGAAGGAAAUGUCGUUGCAACCAGGAUGGACGCGAAUUUGCGCUUCUAUGGUGAUCCUUAUCUCACCACAUCUGACAUUCUAUUAGGGAUGGUGGACAGACCAAAGGCUGCUGAGCCAUUGUAUGCUGCUCUUCAAGACUUGUAUUCCAGUUUAAGCUAGUUGUUCUGGUCACAAUUGUAAAUUGCACUAAGUCAUUCUAUCAGCUGCAUAUGGAGAGUUCAAAUCCAAUGCUCUGCUUAUAUAGAAUUCCGGCACAUGCAUGGAGUUCUGCAAUUUGGUACCGUUUUCAAAUUUGAAGGCAUUACUUAUAGAGGGUGAUGGACCAAUACUUGAAGCCUUAUUUUAUGAUGUGAUGCCUGCCAAUGCCAAAUGCGCCAAUUUCUCAGGUGAAUAUGUUACUGAAUCUUAAUUGUACAUAGCCAAUCCAAUAAGUUAUUAUUUUCGUUUCUUGCA